UGGAAUACAAAGUAGCCCAAAUAACGACCAAACAAAUCUAUAAGAAUGCAUGUGGUUGAGUUUUUAAGGCGCACCGACCGUCGCAAUCGAAAUUCUCAAAUUGAUUGCAAGGUGCAGCAGAAGCUUGGAGAAUGUCGACACGACUUGCAGAAUCGACGACGUCAACUGGCACUUCAAUUGCAGUGUGAGGAACAAAUGCUGGACGUGAAGUUGGCGGAGCUGCUACAAGCGCAGGAAGAUGCGGCGAAGAACGAACGAAUUGAAUGGAUACAAAUGGCUCUGAUGAAGAACGAAGAAUCUGAUCAGCUAUUGAUCAAGCAGAAGAAAGAGCAACGCGAAAUUGAGUGCUCAGAGGAACAUCGUCAUAUGGAAACCAGAGAGCUACUCAUCAACACAAAGCAGGCACAGCUUUAUCAAAUUGAGGAGGGCAGAGAACGGCGACGGAGAGCAGCCUACAACAAUAAACAGUGGCAGUUGCAAUAG